AUGGAGGAUACAGAAGUAGACACAGGAACACUGGCCGACGAAUUCCGACGUUUCUCGGCUUUCCUAGGUCUUACCAAGCCUGACCCGAGGGAUGUCUUUAUUCUUGUUCUGGGGAGAACAGGCUCCGGCAAAAGCACCUUCAUCUCCCGAUGUACAGGCAAAGAUGCCACCGUCGGCCACGGAUUAAACUCAUGCACCAGGUCCAUAGAUGUCUUCCACUUCACGCAGAAUGGACGGCGGGUCUACCUGGUCGACACCCCCGGUUUCAAUGACACUAAUCGCCCCGACAUCGACACUCUUCGUAUCUUGGCUACUUACCUCAGUGCCUCGUAUGCCGUGUGUGGAUUCUCAUCCUACGAGAACCUCGCCAUCGUGACCACCAUGUGGCCCGAGGAGACUUCAUAUGUGGAAGCAAAGAGUCUUGAGGAUCGGGAAAAUGACAUGAUGACCAACGAUAGGUACUUUGGUGACUUGGUCGCCGAGGGCGCAACUAUGUUUCGCCAUGGUCAAACAGAGUGCAGGAGCCCGUCUAAGAGGCUAGCCUCUGCCCAGGACGUUACCAGCCAUCUCGUGGUCCGGCUGGAGAGACGUGCGCCUGAAGUUCUCCGGCUGCAACGGGAGAUGGUCGACGAGAAGAAAUGGCUGGGUGAGACAGCCGCGGGCAACGCGGUCGCCGAGGAUCUCGAAAAGGCACGAUCAGCGUGCAAAAAAGAAAUGAUAGAACUCGAGGCGAGCAUCAAGAGCCGGCUGGCUGGGGUCAACGUGGCAUAUGCUGCCCAGCUACAGGAACAGAGAUCGGACAUUGACAAGAGACUCAAGGUGGUGGACCACAGCAGGCAAGCGCUCAAGAAGUGGAUGCGAGACUUGCACAAGCAGGAGGAGAGGGCUGUGAGACAGCGGGUUGAAAAUGUGGAUAGGAGUCUCCGCGCCCAGAUUUCUGAGAAGGAGAAGAGGAUAAGGAACAUAGAGAAGUUUCUGCUGGAGCAGAGAGAGGAGACAUGGAAGGACGAAGCUCAAGGGCACCGAGAGGCCCCCCGACAAGGGCAAAGACAGGAAAAGCAGAAGCAACCAGAAUGGCAACACAAAGACCAAACAGGGGCACGAGGUCAACAGCUAUUCAACUCGCACCGGCCGGUACGAAGCAAGACUGGAGAAGGCGAAGACAGGGAUAGACUGAUCAGCGACAUGAAGGAGAUCGAAGAAUUGAAAAGGAGGCUUCUCAAGAGCCAGGACGCGUACGAGAGGUUCCACGGCCAGACAGACAAUCUCUGGAACGGGACAAUGAAUGGAGUUGCCGCGGGGGUAGCGUCAGGUGUUAUCGGUAUCGCAGUAUCGGUAGCUGCUUGUACGGUGAUGUAG